AUGGAGAAUCACAAUCGACCUAACUUCCGUUUUGCGAAUGCCGACACUCGCGUUCCUCCACACGUUACAAGCGGAGUCCUUCAAUUUCAACCAUUUCAACCAAGAGAGAACACACUACAAAACCCGUCGAAUUUUGCCUUUGGACGAGAAUUUACGUUCGAAUUGGAUUCGAUAAGCUCUGGCAUUGCCCCGAAAUUUAAACCGCCGCCGAUCAAGGACCCGGAGCUGGACCUCCUACAAGUCGAAGGAUCAUGCGGAGCCAAUGGAUUGGAUUCGACACUCCAGCACAGUAUCCGCAACGCCGUUCUCCUCACUGGCGAAGCCGAGAAAGUCUCUCCCGGCCAGUUCCCCCAACGCGCCGUAGUCGGAAGCAUCAGCAGCCAACACGCCGAUGGCUUUCCCAAGUCCCCCUCGAAUCCGAAAUUAUACUUGAAUGUUAACACGCCAUUCAGUGCUCUGAUCUGCGGCGUACAGGGCUCUGGUAAAAGCCAUAGCGCCUCUGUUAUAUUGGAGGGAUGCUUGGUGGUCGAUAGACGGAUCGGCACUCUCCCUAAACCACUUGCUGGCUUGUGCUUGCAUUAUGAUAGAGGCAGUGUGAAUUAUCCCUGCGAAUCCGCCUAUCUCGGAUUACCAGCGACGCGAGCCCAACUAGGAGCAAAGUCAUCUGCAUCAGUCCCAGUGACAGUUCUUGUAUCGCCUACUUGCUUGGAAACGAUGAGGAGGAUUUACAAACCUCUGAAAGGCGUGAAUGUCAUGCCGUUUUACCUCUCGACUUCGAAUUUGAAUUCGAGCAGGAUGUUAACGCUGAUGGGAUUUGAUGACAGUGUGAUUAUGCCGUUGUAUCUACAAAGAGCGAUGACUAUUCUUCGGUCAAUGGGCGCAGAUGGAUUUAACUACGAUGCAUUCAAGAAGAGGAUGAUGAAAGAGCCCUUAAACCCCGCUCAAAAAAACUCAUACAAGAUGCGGAUCGAUAUGUUGGACUCUUAUUUGACUGGAAAUAAAUCCUCCGACGUUUCGUCCUAUUUCAAGCCGGGUCACUUGGUCAUCGUCGAUCUGCGUGAUCCGUUCACCAAUUCAUCUUUGGUAAUCGCUUUGUUUGAGAUCCUUGUCGGCUUGUUUGUCGAAGCUCGUAUGGAAACUGGGAAAGUGUUGCUCUUAGAUGAGGCGCACAAGUAUCUGAAUUCGGAUCCAUGUUCGGCUCGGUUCACGGAUUCGAUGACCUCAUUGAUCCGACAACAAAGACACUUUGGGAUCCGGACGAUAAUCUCGACCCAAGAGCCUACGGUAGUUCCGGAUGCGGUGUUAGACCUGGUUUCGUUCCUAUUCCUUCACCGGUUCAGUUCGCCCACCUGGGUCAAACAUCUCAGUAAACACAUCUCCGUCGACCAGGACCGCGAGCCGGACUCGGAUUGGUCCCACACUAUCUCAAGACUCGCGCUCGGCGAGGCCGUCGUCGUCGCUCCUACCGCUUUGAGUAUCAAAUCUGGCGCCCUCUCCUCAAGCCCCCUAGCCACUGGCUUCCUUAUCAUUCGUACUCGUAAACGUCUCACUUUUGACGGCGGCGCCUCUAUUGUCGCUUAUCGCUCUUGA